AUGCAUAGGCAGAAUGUUAUUACUGACAAGGACAACGGAGACUGGAAUGUCCAUUUCCGGCUUAUUAGCCGCCGUCAGGCAGUCAUACCCAACCUCGAAGUGUGGAAUACCUGGGGCUCAAUCCCGCGACCUGUUGAUCAAAAGUCCAGCACCUCUAACUACCGAGACACGGGCUCUUCCCGUCGGUUGCGAUCGGGGACGUACAAUGGUACAGUGAGUCACCGAUCUCAUUAACUAUUGGCUGAAAUUCUGAAAUGCGUUUUUGAUUAGGAAGGAUUACUUAGGCGAGGUUGUAAUGCUGAUUAUCUUGCGGUUUAAUCCUGUAUAUUUCGGACUCGGCAGGAUCUCAGCUGCUGAAUAGACCGCUUUUAGAACUUCUGCAGGCACCGCACUCGUUUAAAAAUGACUACUUAAGUAACAUGCAUUUUCCCAUUGAUUUUAAAUGGUCUUGCAAAUUCCAAUGUAUUUUCUAGAAACCCCGAACAAAAAAAUGCUUUCUUUCAGUCGUUUGAUAGAGAAUCGCGCCAUCUUUAUAUUUUAUACUCGAAGAAGGCGUGUAUUUAGGUUUUAAAAAUGUUUCUAAUUCUGAGAUUUUUCAAGACCACACAAUGUCCAUUCAUAUGGCAUCGUACCUCUCUUUUACUACUGCUUCUCAUGAAAUGUACAACAUAGUCCGCAUCCGUUGCAGAAUUUUACGGAAUCUGUAUGAUAACUUUUUAAAGGCAUAGAAGGAUGUGUGAUUUUCUUUACGCGAAAACUUUGUUAAAACUCAACUAUAUUCCUUCUUCGUCGUGAUUCUCUGUCAACCGAUUGAAAGAAAGCAUAUAUAUGUUCGGGGUUUCUAUAAAAUAUAUUUGAAUUUGCAAGACCACCUGAAGUCAAUGGGAAAAAUGCAUGUUACUUAAGUAGUCAUUUUUAAACGAGUGCGGUGCCUGCAGGAGUUCUAAAAGCAGUGUAUUCAGCAGCUGACAUCCCGCUGAGUCCGAAAUAUUAGAGGAUUAUACCGCAAGACCAUCAGUAUUACAACCCCACCUUAGUAAUCCUUCCUAAUCGAGAACGCAUUUCAGCAUUUCAGCCAACAUUUCAUGAGAUCCGUCACUCACUGUAUGUAUUUAUGUGGGAUAUAGGAGUGUACAUAGGUGGGUUGAUGUGACACACGCAGAAGGUCGCUCACUUGCUUUCAGGUGUAGACUACGCCUAGCGUCCAUUUGUUGGCAUCCAACUCUCACAUGUGGCUCACCGAAGCUAGGCUCUGCCCAGCGGUCACAGGCCAGUAACCGCCUCGACCAGCGGGCUUAACCAAGUGGGGGUAUCCGUGUGUGCAUCUCCGUGCGCACGGUAAUGCUGACUUCGCUGGGCGGCUGGUCGGAUGAAACUUCGCAUCGGCAUCGUCAAGACGAUGCUCCGUCUGGUACACCGCCAUAGGCCACAAGCUUGCGACGAUGUCGUAGACUGUCCCAGACCAACUUGGGUCGUUCCCCCAUCGCCCAUAGGGGAGUUCGACAGCCGCCUGACACAACUCAGCAGCCCUAUUUAGAGCGGCACUGUUUAUCCCUGCUAGAAAAAGUGCCCUAAACAGAUUCUGGAGAACCACGCCGUCUGCGGGCUGACCGUGGUCACAGACGUUAAACUCACGAUCGAAACAACCAAAAUCGAAACAACACACUCUCUCUUCCUCCCCUGCUCCUGCUCCUCCUGCUCCCCCUCCUUCUCCUCCUUCCAGCCGCCCACUCGCCAGACUGACAGGGUGAGUCCGCUCACUCUAUCAGCCUGGAAUGUUCGUUCCCUUUUAGACAAUCCGAUGAGCAGCCGACCGGAGCGGAGGACGGCGCUAGUGGCUCGUGAACUGGUGCGCUACAAGGUGGACAUGGCCUCACUCAGCGAGAUCCCAUUCUCCGAACAAGGUCAACUGGAGGAUGUGGGUGCCGGCUGCACCUUCUUAUGUAGCGGUUGCUUCAAGGCAGAGCGACGAGACGCGGGUGUUUCCUUUUCCAUCCGGAACGACAUAGUGGGACCACUGCCCCGUUUGCUGCAGGGCAUCAACGAUCGCCUGAUGAAACUCCGUCUGUCUCUUCGGGCAGGCAAAUUCGUCACCAUCAUCAACGUCUACGCCCCGCCGAUGAAAAGGCCUGACGCCGGAAGGACAAAUUCUACCAGGAACUGCAUGCACUCUUGGCGACUGUGUCGAAGGCGGAUAAGUUGAUUGUCCUUGGUGACUUCAACGUCCGCGUCGGCAAAGACCAUGCUGCCUGGCGAGGAGUUCUAGGUCCCCAUGGUCUCAACGGCUCCAAUGACAAUGGCCUACUCCUUCUACGAGCCUGCGCAGAACACCGACUCAUCCUGACCAAAACUUUUUUUCGCUUUUUGAUUCGAAAGAAGGCCACCUGGAGGCAUCCUCAGUCGCGUCAGUGGCACCUGCUAGACUAUGUCCUCGCCCGGAAGCGAGGCCAGCGGGACGUGAUGCUGACAAAGGCGAUCGCGGGUGCCGGUGGGUGGACCGAGCACCUCCUCGUCAUCUCACUGAUGCGAAUCCGCCUACAGCCACGUAGGAGAGCUUAAAAUAAGCUACCCUCAGAGAGGCUGAAUAUUGCCUUGCCUUUGCCCGCUCACCAUCUCUAUUUCAGCAAACAGCUAGCUCAACGGCUAGACAACCUUCCAGUCGCUGCCGCUGCCGCCGCUGCUGACGAGAACGCCUCCGUGGAGAACUGAUGGUGGCAACUGCGGGACACGGUCCAGUCGACGGCGCUGGUCGUCCUCGGUCGCUCACGCCGCCAACACCAGGACUGGUUCGACGACGACGCAGCCAUCAGCAACCUGCUCGCCGAGAAGAACCGCCUACACAAAGCCUUCGUAGACCACCUUACCGACGACAACAAAACGGCCUUUUGCCGUAGCCGCCGUCCUGUGCAACAGCGACUACGCGAGAUGCAGGACGCCUGGACGGCUUGUAAAGCCGAGGAGAUCCAAGGAUACGCGGACUGCAACGAAUGGAAGAACUUAUUCUCCGCGAUCAAAGCUGUCUACGGCCCGCCAGUCAAAGGGACUGCACCUCUUCUCAGCGCCGACGGCAGUACCCUACUCAUUGAGAAGACACAAAUUCUUCAGCGGUGGGCCGAACAAUUCAAAGACGUCCUCAACCGUUCCCCCACAAUCUCCGCGCCGCCGUCGCCCGUCUGCAGCAAACGGAGACCAACGUCGACCUCGACAUUCCGCCCUCUCCCCAGGAAACCAUCAGGGCCGUGCAGCAGCUCUCCAACGGGAAAGCGCCCGGAUCGGACGUGAUCCCUGCUGGAAUCUACAAGCAUGGUGACCCCCAACUCAUGGAUCACCUGACGGCGCUCUUCCGGGGGAUGUGGCGUCAAGGAGAACUCCCGCGGGAUUUAAAAAUGCCAAAAUCGUGCAUUUAUACCAAUGGAAAAGAAACCGUCAGAUCUGCGACAACCACCGAGGCAUCUCCUUGCUGAACAUCGCCGGGGAAAUUUUCGCUCGCAUCCUUCUCAACCGCCGGAAUAAUCACUUGGAACAAGGUCUUCUGCCGGAAAGUCAGUACGGUUUCAACCGUCAUCGUGGGACCACGGACAUGAUCUUCGCCACCCACCAACUUCAGGAGAAGCAUAAAAAGAUGCGGAACAACCUAUACUCUACCUUCGUGGAUUUGACGAAAGCCUUCCACACGGCAAUUCGUGACGGACCGUGGAAAAUCAUGAAGUAAUUCGGCUGUCCCGAACGAUUCAUUCAGAUGGUACGUCACCUCCACGAUGGCAUGAUGGCGCGCGUCACGGACAAUGGAGUCACCUCAGAGCCAAUGCGGCUUCCGUCGUCAUCGUGGGACCACGAAUAUGAUCUUCACCGCCCGUCAACUUCAGGAGAAGUGCCAGUAGAUGAGGACCCACCAGUACUCUACCUUCGUGGACCUGACAAAAGCCUUCGAUACGGUGACUCGUGAAGGACUGUAAAAACUAAUGUAGAAAUUCGGCUGUCCGGAUCGAUUCAUUCAGAUGGUGCGUCAGCUGCACGACGGUAUGAUGGCGCGAGUCACGGACAACGGAGCUGUCUCAGUUGCAUUCGCAAUGACCAACGGAGUGAAGCAGGGCUGCGUUCUCGCGCCCACCCUCUUCAAUCUUAUGUUCUUUGUCAUGCUGAUGGACGCCUACCGUGGCGAACGUCCCGGGAUUCGCAUCGCCAACCGGGCGGACAGCCACGUCUUCAACCACCGGCGGAUGCACUCCCACUUGCGGGUAUUCACAACUACCGUCCAUGAACAUCUCUUCGCAGACGACUGCGCCCUCAACACGACCUCAGAAGGGGACAUGCAAAGGAGCAUGGCCUCUUCUCCGCCGCCUGCGGGAACUUCGGUCUGGUCAUCAACACGGAGAAGACGGUGGUCAUGCACCAACCGCCACCCAACUCAGCCACAGCUCCCAACGCGUCGCCGCAGAUCAGCGUGAACGGAACCCAACUGCAAGUGGUGGACAACUUCAUGUAUCUGUGCGGCACCCUUUUCCGAAGCAUCAAAAUCGACGACGAAGUGGCCCUUUGGAUUUCCAAGACCAGUCAAACCCUCAGCCUUAUUCAAAACAUUAUUUGGCAUCGUCACGGUCUUCAGCUCAGCACAAAAAUGAAGAUGUACAAGGCAGUCAUUCUGCCGACGCUGAUGUACAGAACAGACACCUGGACGGUCUACAAGAAGCAGGUGCUGCGACUCAGCCACCUCCACCUGAGUUGUCUUCUCCGAAUACUGAAGCUGAGGUGGCAGGAUCGGAUCCCCGACACGGAUGUACUGGAGCAGACGGGAAUCCUUAGCAUCUACGCCGUGCUGAGACAACCACAACUGCGUUGGAGCGGCCACCUCGUGCGGAUGGACAACGAGGGACUUCCCAAACGACUCUUCUAUGGAGAUGUCACCACGGGUUCCCGCCGCCAAGGAGGCCAAAUUCGUCGGUACAAGGACAUUCUGAAAACCUCUCUAAGGCGUCUGCAGAAAAACCCGGCCAACUGGAAAGACAUCGCCCGAGUCCGACCGACCUGGGGGAGGACAGUGAAGACAGGCGGAGGGAUCUGCGAGGCAAACCGCAUCGCCGCCGCGAAAGUCAAAUUAAAAGCACGCAAAUCUCGGUUGCGCCGACCUCUUGACGCCAACACCCAAUCACCAUAA